CAAGUAGAAAAUGCAAACUUACAAGUUACAAAUUGCCAAACAGCAAAGAUAACACUUGAAUUGAGAUAAGUGGUGUGAAGAAAAGUUGGAAUUGGAAACAACUCACCGCCGCCACCACCACCGCCGCCGCCUAGCUAACCAUUUCAUAUUUUAAGUCAAUUGUAGACAUUCUUUUUACUUUGAGUGCAGGGUUUUAUACAAAUUUCUUUCUUUUUUUUUUUUUAAUAAAUUAUGUCCUCUGAGUCGCCGUCGGAUUUCGGGGAAUAUUCUUCCAAUCCGCCUCCGCUCGAUUUAUCCACCGCUGCCACUGUCGAUUGCUCUAAUACAAACGGAAACACUUCUCCGUCGUCCCAGCAAGCCCAUAUCCCUCUCGCCUGGCCUCAAGAUGGAAAGCUAUCAAUUGAAUGGAUCGAGCAUCUCAUGUUCACCUUCGAUUGGUCGUCUAAAAAUCUUCCUCCUUCUGAUUUUCCCUCCGUUUUACCUGUUGAUGUGUUUGACACCUUGGUCCUCACUGCUUCCAAGAUUCUUCAUAAAGAGCCUAAUUGUGUGAGAAUCGACGCUCUUCAACCCGAAUCAAGUGUUGUUGUUGUGGGUGAUGUUCAUGGGCAAUUGCAUGACGUCCUUUUUCUUCUCAGAGAUGCUGACUUUCCUUGUGAAAAUCGCGUCUUUGUCUUCAACGGUGAUUACGUGGACAGAGGCGCUUGGGGUCUCGAAACCUUCUUGUUAUUGUUGGCUUGGAAGGUUUUUUUGCCACAUAGAGUGUAUCUACUUAGAGGAAAUCAUGAAUCUAAAUACUGCACAUCUGUCUAUGGCUUUGAGAAGGAAGUUUUAGCUAAGUAUGGUGAUAAAGGAAAACAUGUAUACCGGAAAUGUUUGGGAUGCUUUGAAGGGCUUCCUUUGGCCUCUAUAAUAGCAGGAAAUGUUUAUACAGCCCACGGGGGGCUUUUUCGCAGUGUUUCUAUUCCUUCAUCGAAGAGAUCAAAAGGAAAGAAGAACCGCCGGAUAACUCUUAGACCCGAGGACAAUUCUUUAACUCUUGGUUCAUUUGAGGAAUUAUCUAAAGCUCGGAGAUCAGUUCUUGAUCCUCCAUGGGAAGGUUUGAACUUGAUUCCUGGUGAUGUACUAUGGUCAGAUCCUUCAAUGAAAUAUGGUCUUUCACCAAAUAAGGAGAGAGGCAUCGGCCUAUUGUGGGGACCCGAUUGCACUGAGGACUUCUUGAAAAAGUUUGACUUGAAGUUAAUUAUCAGAUCGCAUGAAGGUCCAGAUGCUAGAGAAAAGAGGCCUGGUUUAGCAGGAAUGGAUAAUGGAUACACCAUAGAUCAUGAAGUUGGAUCAGGGAAGUUGAUUACUCUGUUUAGUGCUCCAGACUAUCCACAAUUUCAGGCAACAGAAGAAAGGUAUAGAAACAAAGCGGCAUAUAUCGUUUUGGGUCCUCCUAACUUUGAUGAUCCAGAUUUCCAUAUUUUUGAAGCAGUCACUCCGAGACCAGAGGUGAAACCAUACUAUGAUUUUGAAGAUGUCAUUGAUUCUGAUGAGGAGUUGGAUUUGGCAUCAAUGAAGACCACUGCAUAAAGUUUCUAUUUGUUUUUUAAUAUUUAUUCCAUUGGAUAUGAAAUGUGUAAAAACGAUAUCUAAAUUGUACAUUCAUUUAUAUUUGCUUCAAGGGGGCACUUUUAUUUUUUAUUUCCCUUGGUAGCUGCUCCUUUCAAUUGAAACAUAGAAUUGUGCUUAAAACAUGGUUCAAACACAUUUUUGUUUCUUUUGUGAGGUUGUCUCACUUGUUUUCGGUGCCUAGUACUGCGCUGGAAAAUACAGUUCGGUGAAAGUGUAAUAUCUUUUUGUUAUUCAUCUGGCAUAUGUUUUUGCA